AUGGCUCCUCGUACUGAGGCCUGUCUUUUCGACAUGGAUGGCCUCCUUCUCGACACCGAAGACAUCUACACCAAGUGUGUCAACAUCAUCCUCGAAAAGUAUGGCAAGGGAACUCUCCCGUGGUCUAUCAAGGCCAAGCUUCAGGGACGCCCUGGUCCUCAAGCCAAUAAGAUCUUCCACGACUGGGCUCAGCUCCCCAUCACCUCCGCAGAGUACGUCGCCGAGAACACGAUGCUCCAGAAGCAGCUGUUUCCAGACACAAAGCCUCUCCCUGGUAUCGUCGAUUUGCUCGGCCACCUAGGCCGAACCCGAUAUUGGGAGGUCAAGGAUGGUGCUACUACUGAAGCUAAGGGCAAGUCCAGCAGUGAGCCUCAACGGGUUCACAUCGCUCUGGCCACUAGCUCCCAUCUUGGUAACUUCCGUGUUAAGACAAGCCACCUCGAGGAGCUUUUUGCUGUUUUCCCUUCCCACCGCCGUGUCCUUGGAGACGAUUCCCGCCUGACUCCUGGCCGCGGAAAGCCUCUGCCCGACAUCUUUCUUCUCGCUCUGAAGACCAUCAACGACAGCCUUCCUGCUGGCGAACGACCUAUCACCCCUGAGGAGUGCCUUGUUUUCGAAGAUUCAGUCCCUGGUGUCGAGGCUGGUCGUCGUGCCGGUAUGCGCGUGAUCUGGUGCCCUCACCCGAUGUUGAAGAAGGAGUACGAUGGACGAGAGGCUGAGGUCCUCGCUGGACGCACUGGUGAGGCUGGAGAAGUCGAUCUCCAUCAGGUUGGUGAGAUUGAUGAUGGUUGGGCCGAGUACAUGCUCAGCCUUGCUGACUUCCCCUACGAAAAAUUCGGCAUCGUCGUACCUCCUGUCGAGGUUGAGAAGGAAGAUUGCAUGAAAGAGGUGUCCAAAGAGAUUGUUGCCGAAGUCUAG